GUGGCUAGAUCAAAAUAAACCAAGUGAAGACAGCAGUCCAUAUACCGGACUGCCAGAGAAGGAGAGACAAAGAAAGAAAAGUGCCUAGGCCGGUUACUCAGAAUUUUAAGGAUUUUAAGUACGUUUUGAGAAGACAUCAUCCAGACAUGGAUAUCCAAACCAGCCAGGUGACACACCAGCCCAGCCAAAGAGAGAGCCUUGAGAGCCAGCUGAGCUGCCCAAUCUGCCUGGAGAUGUUCCAGAAGCCCGUGGUCAUCCUGCCGUGCCAGCACAACUUGUGCCGCGGCUGCGCCAGCGACCUCUACGACUCCCGCAACCCCUACCACUACUCCGGGGGAAUCUUCCGCUGCCCCACCUGCCGAUUCGAGGUCGUCCUGGACCGCCAUGGAGUCUACGGCCUGCAGAGGAACUUGCUCGUCGAGAACAUUAUCGACAUCUACAAACAGCAGCAGGAGAGCGGCGGCGAAGGGAGACGCAACAGUGAUGUCACAGACCCCCCGCUGAAGGACAAAGACACCAAGGAGCCCAUGUGCACUGAACACGAGGACGAGCGCAUCAACAUCUACUGUGUCACUUGCCAGACUCCCACCUGCUCCAUGUGCAAAGUGUUUGGCCAGCACAAGGACUGCGACGUGUCGCCCCUGCAGAGCAUCUAUGAUGCCCAGAAGGCCGAACUGCGGAGCGCCGUGGACCUCCUGGCAGCGGGAAACAGCUGCAUUCAAGCUGUAAUGGCUCAGAUGGAAGAAACCUGCAAGAGCAUCGAGGAGAACAGCCAGCUCCAGAAGAGACGCCUCGGGGAGAGCUUUGACAUGCUCUACGCCAUCCUGGAGGAGCGUAAGGCCCAGCUCCUGGAGAAGAUUACCCAAGUGGAGGGGGAGAAACUGGGGGUGCUGAAGUCCCUAGUGGAGAAGUAUACGGAGCAGCUCCAGGCCAGCAUCAACCUGAAGGAGAAGGCGGCUCAGACCAUGGAAAAGGUCAAUGCAGCCGACUUCCUAGUCAGUGGGAAGGAGCUGAUCUCACAGGCCAAAGAGGCGGCUAAAGGUUCCAACAUCCAGAGGCCUGAGCCUGGGUUUGAGAGCAUGGAACACUUCACCCUGUGCACCGAUGACGUGGAAGUCAUCUUGUACCAAAUGGACUUUGGACAGGGGGAUGAGGAAGAUGUGGUGACAGAGGAAGAAGAAGAAGAGGGGGAAGAGGAAUAGUUAUGUUAGAGUUUUCACUAAAGCUCUAUCUAUAGACUGUUAUAAGUACUGUAUUGCUGUGGUUGAGGAUAGGUUGAGGUACUGAAAAAGGUUAGGGAUUUAUUGGAUGGACAAGCUGCUUUUUGAGAAAGAGUAACUAGGGAUUUAUGAACUA